CUUAGCGUGCAGUAGGGGAGGGAGCAGCCCGUUGACUGACUCAUUCCGUGGCUCCUGUCCCUGGAGGAGAAGUCAAAACACAAACAGGCUUCCAGAGCUUGCCGAGUCAGCUCAGCGGGGCCACAGCGCACAAGCCCAGGCAAGAGCUGCCUUCUCGGCUCCCGCAGAUAGCAUGCAGGGCCCCCGCCUCCUCCAGACACUUGGGAGACUCUUGCUCUCCCUGUCUGUGGUCUUGGCUGCUUCUGGUGAGGAUUGUGAUCCCAGCCUGUGUCUGAAUGGAGGUACCUGCCUGAAUGGAAGCGAGAGCUCCACUUUCUACUGCCUCUGUCCUGAUGGAUUCACGGGGCAGAACUGCCAGGAGACUGAGCAAGGUCCCUGCAUCCCCAAUCCUUGCCAGAACAAUGGCCUGUGCCGAGUGGUGACCGAGUCCCGGCGAGGAGAUGUCUUUGCCCAGUAUGUCUGUGACUGUCCUGAAGGAUAUGAGGGCCCUCAUUGCCAAAGAGCAUCAGAGAGCAUGAAUGAGUGCAGCACACAGCCAUGCAAGAACGGUGGUACCUGCUUUGACCAGGAAGAAGGCUACAUCUGCAAAUGUCCUUCCCCGUUCAUGGGAAAGUCUUGCCAGUCCCGCUGCAACAUGCCCCUGGGCAUGGAGGGAGGUGCCAUUGCUGAUUUCCAGAUUUCAGCCUCAUCUGUACAUUACAGCUUUCUGGGGAUGCAGCGUUGGGGGCCAGAGCUGGCCCGGCUUAAUGCUAAAGGGAUUGUCAAUGCCUGGACUGCCAGCAACUAUGACAAGAACCCCUGGAUACAGGUGAACCUUUUGCGGAAGAUGAGAAUUACAGGCAUUAUGACACAGGGUGCCAGCCGGACAGGCAGUGCUGAAUAUCUGCGCACCUUCAAAGUGGCGUAUAGCAAUGAUGGACAAGUUUUUGAAUUCAUCCAGGAUCCAAAUCUACACAGGGACCAGGUCUUUGUGGGGAACAUAGACAACAAUGGCCAGAAAACCAACGUUUUUGAUCCCCCUCUGGUGGCCCAGUAUGUGCGGAUUGCUCCUGUAGUCUGUCGUAGGGCCUGUACUCUCCGGUUUGAGCUUUUUGGUUGUGAAGUGGAAGGUUGUUCCGAGCCUCUGGGGAUGAAGUCUGAGAUCAUCCCUGACAGCAAGAUCACCGCCUCUAGCACCUUCAAGACUUUUGGCCUGGAUGCUUUUAGCUGGCACCCCUAUUAUGCUCGAUUGGACAAACAAGGCAAAUUCAAUGCCUGGACGGCUCAGAGCAAGGAGGACACCGAGUGGCUGCAGAUCGACUUGGGCACCCCGAAGAAGGUCACGGGCGUCAUCACUCAAGGAGCCCGCGACUUUGGUAAUAUCCAGUAUGUGUCGGCGUACAAAGUGGCCUACAGCAACGACGGGAAAUCCUGGACCGUGUACAGGGACAGCCGGACAAACAGCAACAAGGUCUUUUUAGGAAAUUCUGACAACUACUCCCACCAGAAGAACAUGUUUAAGACCCCUUUCUACUCGCGCUUCGUCCGGAUCCUGCCGGUGGCCUGGCACGGGCGCAUCACGCUGAGGGUGGAGCUGCUGGGCUGUGAGGAGUAGCGCCCCCUCCGCGGGGGCGGGGGGCCGCAGCCGGUGGGAGGUCCCGGGCCCGGCCUUCUUCCCGCCCUCCCCUGCCCCCCGCCGCGCCUCCGCCCACGUGUCCCCGCCUCCGCACCGGCCCGGCGCGCGGGAGGCUCGCCGCCUGAUUGUAGUGGGAGUGGGGGGUGGGGGUGGGAGGGGCUUCGGGGCCCCUUGUUCUUCCUGUGGGGGCCGGCUUGGCGACCCUCCCCCUCACGCUCACGCUGCUGUGGCCCCCACAGCUGUUGCACACUGGGGAUUGGAGUCUGUAACUCCUACGUGGGGGAUUAUUCCAGAUUUACUAAGUUUCAAUCACUUUCAGAAAUCUCAAAGAGUUCUGCAUAGAGGGGGUAUGAUUGGUCUGUAAAAAGUUUUUGUUUCUGUGUGUGGGAAUGGACAAUACGUACAAGUACACGUAGAAGUCGUACGGUUUGUGUGUAAUAAAUUGCCGUGGAGAAUGGGGGAGCGCGCGCGUGCGUGUGCGCGCGUGCGUGUGCGCGCGUGCGUGUGCGCGCGUGCGUGUGCGCGCGUGCGUGUGCGCGCGUGCGUGUGCGCGCGUGCGUGUGCGCGCGUGCGUGUGCGCGCGUGCGCGCUUUGUUUCCCCCACCUACCUUUCUCUUUACCCUCCAAGGCUGGCUUUUAGAGCCAGAAACGUCGGGAGAGCUGACGGUAGAAAGGCCCCCUUUCCCUCCGAGGUCCCACCCUCCUCCCUGCCCUCCUUCCCCCGGCUCUCACGGGGAAGUUUGCCCGCAGCGACUUUCUGGGCUGACAACCCCCAGCGGGGCUCGGGCCUCUCCUCUCUGCCACUUGGGCGCUCUGAGUGACGGGAGCGGGGAGCUUCCACAGGCCCGCGACUGCCUCCAUCCCUUUGUCUCCCACAGACUCUCGGGCCUCUGCUCUGAUUCUCAGGAGAAGGGGAUGUUUAAAAAAAAUCUCCAGAAGGAGCUGGGGUUGAGUGGGGACGUCGCUGUAGUAGGGCUCAGGAAAAGAGUCGGAGAACUAGCACUCGGAGCCAAAGGAUUAGUCU